AUGACUACAGCCUAUCAUCCGCAAACAAAUGGCCUCACUGAGCGAUUCAACAAAACGCUAGCAUACAUGCUUUCUAUGUAUGUUGAUGUCGAACAGAAGAACUGGGACCAGAUAUUGUCAUUCGUCACAUUCGCCUACAGCACCACCAAGCACGACACAACAGGUUUUACGCCCUUCUACCUAAUACAUGGGCGAGAACUUGAAACGCCGUUGGAUACGAUGCUUCCCCUCUGCUCCAAAGAGUUCAGCCAAGAAGACGAUUAUGUUAGUCAUCUGAUCAAUAAAGCAGAAGAAUCGAGGCAAUUAGCUCGUGCACGAACUCUCGAGGCUCAGCAGAAAGAUCGCCGGCGUUAUGACUCCAAACAUCGGAUAGUGGCAUACGAACCAGGGGAUUGGGUGGGGAAUUUUAUACCAGUUCGUAAAAUAGGGCUUUUCGAGAAGCUCCUGAAGAGGUACACCGGCCCUUAUCAAAUUUUGAGGUGGUUGUUCGACGUCACCUAUGAAGUAGCCGAUUUCGAUCCUAAUUCUAGAAGGCGGAAAUCGAAGGAAGUUGUCCACAUUUUACGCAUGAAGCCAUACCAUGACCCAGAAGAACAAGACGACCAACAUUCUUAUGAAAGUAUGGAGGUUCCGGAAAGAGACAUUUCUCAAAGGGUUACUCCCCGUGAAGACGCAACAACUUAUACUGGCCUUGUGACUCGAUCAAGAACUAGAGCCACAAAAUUAAAUGUCAUAACAUCGAGACGCUGUUCUUCUAAGGAGGGAGAAAUGCCGCAUUGA